AUGCCAACCGACAUUAUUAUGGUGAUGGAGUAUGCUAGAGGUGAAUUGUUCAAUCUCAUUGUAGAAAAGGGCAAGAUGUGUGAAGAUGAAGCUCGACGGUUUUUCCAACAAAUCAUUUGUGCUGUAGAAUAUUGCCAUCGUCAUAAGAUCGUCCAUAGAGAUUUAAAGCCAGAAAACCUUCUUUUGGAUCCAUAUAAUAAUGUUAAAAUUGCGGAUUUCGGGCUGUCGAAUAUUAUGACUGAUGGAGAUUUCCUAAAAACUAGCUGUGGAAGUCCAAAUUAUGCUGCACCAGAAGUUAUAUCUGGGAGGUUGUAUGCUGGUCCAGAAGUAGACGUAUGGAGUUGUGGGGUUAUUCUAUUUGUCAUGCUUUGUGGACGUCUACCUUUUGAUGAUGAAUAUAUACCAACAUUAUUCAAAAAAAUAAAUGGCGGAAUAUAUACCCUUCCAUCAUUUUUAUCAGCUGAAACCAAAUAUUUAUUGAAUUCCAUGUUGAUUGUAGAUCCUUUAAAAAGAAUCACCAUUCAAGAAAUAAGACAGACUUCAUGGUUUAAUAUUGGUUUACCUGAUUACUUAAAACCUCUUCCAGACAGUGAAGAAGUAUUUUUUGAUGAAAUUGAUGAUAGUAUUGUUUCUGAAAUUCACAAGAAAAUGGGAUUUAGUAAAAACACUAUAUAUCAGGCGCUACAGGAAAUUGAAAAUAACCAGAUAAAGGUUGCUUAUCAACUCGUUGUUGAUAACAAACGAAUGAUAACAGCCGGAAGGAUAUCGGGACAAAAAAAUAUGCAAAGUUUUUUGGCUGCUUCCCCUUCAUGGGAUACACUUCAGCUUUCUAUGAGGAAAGUAAACGUGGACGAGGAUGAUGAUGAACCAUCUGGUAUACCUUUUGAUGGGGAUGAGGAAUAUAAUGAACCGUCCAGUAUAGCUUUAUUAAGUUCAAGUCUACCAACUGGUGAAGAAUUUCUCAAAGAUUCUCAAAUUUCCUCCUUAAAUAAUCAUAUUCCAACAACAACCAGACGAACAAAGUCGAGAUCGAAAUGGCAUUUUGGAAUUCGUUCGCAAAAUCCACCAUUGGAAGUAAUGUUGGAAAUAUAUCGUGGGCUUAAAAACAUCGGAAUGGAAUGGAAAACCAUUGAUCCUUUCCGUAUUAGAAGUCGUUAUAUUUAUCCAUCUGGAUUACAAGUAUGCAUAAGUUUACUUAUAUUAAAUAUUAUGACAGAAUCAUUUAUUUCAUCAAAUCAACAAGAUAAUGCGUCCUCAUCAACUAUUGAAGGGAGGCAAGGAGAAACACCAAUACCAUCAAAUAUAUUACAAGUUGAUGGAAAAGAAGUUACUUCUAU